AUGAAUUUAUUUUUAGCGGUUACCGCUACUCUUGUCACUCUAGCAGUAGCAAAACCUCAAUACAAUUAUCCGGCACCAUCGCCGUUACCUAGCGGUAAUUAUGGAACACCAGGAAUUGGUGGCGGCAGCACUGGUGGAAUUAUUGGAGGCAGCGGUAUCGGCGGAAUAAUUGGAGGGGGAAAUAUAGGAGGAGGAAUUGGUGGAAGUGGUAUCGGAGGAGGAAUUGGUGGAAGUGGUAUCGGAGGAGGAAUUGGUGGAGGCAGUAUCGGAGGAGGAGGAAUUGGUGGAAGUGGUAUCGGAGGAGGAAUUGGUGGAAGUGGUAUCGGAGGUGGAAUUGGUGGAGGCGGUAUCGGAGGAGGAGGUAUUGGUGGAAGUGGUAUCGGAGAUGGAAUUGGUGGAGGCGGUAUCGGAGGUGGAAUUGGUGGAGGUGGUAUCGGAACAGGUGGAACUUUGGUUCAAAAGCAUAUUUACGUUCACGUAGCGCCUCCGGAACCGGAAGACUUCAAAGUAAGGAAUCCUUUAACGGUUGGGCAAGCAACCAAACAUUACAAAAUCAUCUUCAUUAAAGCGCCUUCCGCCCCAGCACCGACGGCUCAACAAAUCGCUUUAGCAGCACAAAAUCAAGAGAAAACUUUAAUUUAUGUUUUGGUUAAAAGACCUGAUGAAGCGGCCGAUAUCAGUGUACCGACAGUAGCACCAACGGCACCGUCGAAACCAGAAGUUUACUUCAUAAGAUACAAAUCCAAGACUGAAGCCGUAGGUGGUGGAGCUGCGGGAAGUGGGGGAGGAAGUAUUGGUGGAAUUGGAGGGGCAGGUAUAGGAGGCGGAAGUAUUGGAGGAAUUGGAGGAGCAGGUAUAGGAGGCGGAAGUAUUGGAGGAAUUGGAGGAGGAAGCAUCGGUGGUGUCAGUGGAGGAAGUAUCGGUGGAGGUGUUAUUUCUGAAAGUAUUUCCAGUGGUAGCAGUAGUAUAUCAACCGGAGGAACAAUUGGAAAUAGACCAGCCACCAAUUAUGGUCCUCCAGGACAAAGCGGACCUUAUUAAAACUGGAUCCGGAAUGAAAUUGAUGUCAAUGUUUGAAUUACUAUAUUUUUUUACGUGUUGAAUUUCCUAAGCUGUUAUUUAUUUUAUUUUCAAAAUAUUACCUUAGUAGAUUACGAUAUUUUUAUAAAAUACGGUGACAAAUUAGCUUUAA